AUGCCACCCAAAAGAACACCGGUGAAAGGGAGCCCGGAUUCACCGAGAGGAAAAGACACACUUGAGUUGCUUAUCCACAACCAUGGAAUUGCAAAACGGAAUGUUCAAAGGAUCCUGACUCAUUUGAAGAAAGCGGAAGAUGACAACGCUGAGCUGACCCCAGCUCAAAUCAAAGUGUACCAGCGAGGCGUGGAGAGUUCCUACACAGAUUUCAAGAUGCUUUUCAAUGAGGUCAUCCAACUGGUCUCACCAGCCGAGCGUGAAGAGCAUGACGACGAUUAUUUUGACUUCGUGGACCUGUAUGAAGGAGCGUCGAUGGUGCUCGAAGGUUGGCUCGAAAAACUAACGCCAGCCCUGCAGCAUCAGUCAACCAACAACCAGCCUGCUUUGAUCGUCCAACCUUCGCUUCCUCGAGCCAUACCAACAUUUGACGGAAGGUACGAGCAAUGGGAGAAGUUUAAGGUGAUGUUCCAGGAUGUGGUCGACAAAAGCAACGAGCCAGACCGCAUCAAACUGUACCACUUGGAGAAGGCCUUAAUUGGAGAUGCCGCUGGAUUGAUAGACGCCAAAACUAUCACCGACGGCAACUACGCACGAGCAUGGCAGCUUCUCGACGAGCGAUUCUCUGACCAGCGACGGUUGAUCGACCGGCAUCUAGCAGGCUUGCUAAGUGCCAAAAAAUUAUGCCACGAAUCCUUUAGUGAGCUGAGGUCUUUGGUGGAGACUUUCGAUGGACACUACGAAAACCUCAAAUUCUUGGGCCAUUCUUUUGCCAACGUAGCGGAAUACAUGGUGGUGUACCUGAUGUCCCGUGGAUUGGAUGACGAGACCAGAAAGCUGUGGGAGUUCACCGUGAGGAAUGGGGAGUUGCCAACAUACGCAGACACAAUUGGAUUUUUGAAAGAGCGUAUCUCAGUCCUGGAGAGAUGCCGAAUAUCCAGCGAAGACACAUCAUCUUCUGGGGGGGAUGAUGUUCAGUCCGACGAGUCGACUGAAGAAAGAGAGAGCGACGAUGAAUAA